UUAGGCAGGGUUGUCGUUCCCGGAGCAUGUCCGAUGCGUUGGAAUUGAGUGGUACGGACCCAUGAGUAGUUACAACGACAUAAGAGAGCAAGAAAUUGCACAUUUUACGAACAGCUUAGCUUACAGAGAAGAAGAGAGAGAAUCUGAAGCAGUCAUAGUCUCCAAUGCCUUGAAUACUCUGGAGUGCCAACAAAGGGUAUCAACGGCGGCCUUUGUAAGUCAUUAUGACAAAACCAGUAGCGACAAAUGUCUCGACACCACUUCAUCGACUACUUGUGGUAGAGGGUCUAUGAGAGAUUUUCAAUUCAUCAAACAUCGGCCGUGGUCAGAGUCUUCGUCUAGUACUAUGUAUGGGAAAGGAAAUAAUAGAGAGGGGUCUUCAAGAAACUUGGCACGAAGUUUUACACGUUACAGUGUUAUUUAUAGACCUUCGUUUCGUUUGUGGAAGAAAUGUAGUGCUACUUGUGCAAGAACGGUGACAUCUGUGUCUGACUCGUAUGAAAUGGCUGAGCAAAAUUAUUUUCACAAGGACCGUUCCGUGUAUUCUGGGCAUCAACAAAUACAACAAAGGAGGACAGCAGAAAGUCAUGACUUGGGAUCUAUGAAGAAAACAGAUAGUUGUUAUUCAAUCAAGCAUCGUGAUAAUUGGUCGAAUUUGCCUGUAUUAUCCUCAUUGACAGAAUAUAAUCUCAACAAUAAUAUUGAUAGGAGUCACGUUCAUUUACCUUGUCAAGGGCAUAGUAUGGGCGCUAGUAAUUUAAAUGAAAAUGAACAAUCAUUAUUGGAAAAAUCCGCAGCCAUAUGUAGAGCGACGAAUGCUGCAUUUGAGGCUAUUCUUCCAUACAUAUCUUUUGAGGAAGCACAAUCCCUCCGCGACAUUAUAACAAAUCAAUCGCCUUCAGUUGCUUUAAAUGCAGUGAUGCAAGUUGCGCAGAGUUGUAAGAAGACAGCUGACAGGAGUCGAACGAGUCAUUCGAAUGAGAAAGGUUCGUUGCAUAAAGUAGACAAAACUUGGGAAUUGAGUCAUACUGGUUUGGACCGUUCAAAGAAUUGGAGCAAGUUAAGAGAACAAGAUGCAUGGUUUACCGAUUUUUCCAUAUCACAGUCGAGUGCUUCUGAAGUUCCUAGCCUUUGGCCACAACAAAGUGCAUGGGUUUCUCCAUUUUUAUUGAAUCGAGGUCUUGAACAAGCUAAUGAGCCUUGGGAUAUUGAACAUUGUGCAUCUGAAAUGGAAGAAUUGGAUUUAUUGGGUAAGACUUUGAAUGACGAAGCCAAUUCUUUUGGAGAACAUCGUCUCAAUCGUCGUUCACGUUUCUUUCCAGUUUCAGAAAAUGUCACAGAUGAGGAUUCACCAAAUGAGCAUCACAAAGGUGUAGGUCAUUUUCAGGAAAGUGACGUUUCUUGCAGAUCAGAUCAUGAUGACAUGAGGAAUGGCCAUGGUAUAUCUCAUUAAGGUGCUCUUCAUUUCUCUCUUUCUCUUUACAUAUAUUAUUUGCAUAUACUUGUAUGGCGUAUAAAGAAAUGUGGUUUUAU